GCCACCUGGAGAACAGAGCAGCGCGCUAUUCACGGCCUCGAUGCGCCGAGCGUCACCCGGAGCCGAAGGCGUCGCAGCUCACGCGCGCCGUUUCGGUCCCGCGUAACACACCGCGCGUCGCCUCGAAUAUGACACGCGGCCCACGAGAGCCGGACGAGUUCAGCGGGGCGCGUGGAAGUUCUCCUGCGGCGUCGAGUCGUCUUUCCGCACCAGGGAAUUUCUGACGCUUCACGUCUUUAACGGAGCAGAUGCAGAAGGUUUGACACUUUGUACAUAAUUCAACCGUUAAAGUUUAAUCGUUAGGCCGUCGAUGUUUAAUACGAGUAGAAAAAACACGAUCGAAGGAUCAUCCGCUGGUUAGCUGGUGGGGGGUUGGCUAAGGUGAGUCAGGGCGGCCGGCCGCAUGGUCUCCAUGGUAAGCAAGGGUACGGAAGUGGUUUACCAUCGCUUUCUUGAACACGUCUGUGAACCGUGGGAACAAAACAGCGAACACAAAGUCCGCACAGAUUCGAACCCAUGCCCAAAUCAACAGCCCCGGAGUCCUGCGGUACCAGAGCUACCCGCUGAUCCCCGUGCCUCCGUGAGCCGAGAUGCCAUUUCCACACUCAUUUGGUCUAUUUCUCAUAUUUAAUCUGCAGGAGAGGAGUUACCAUGGUGCGCUGGCGCAUAUUCCGGUCCAACCGGCGGUGCGUGAAAAAACGCGUUCGCUGCCAACGCGGUCCGUGCUCGGCUUUAACCUACAGGCGUCGCCGCAGCGCGGACCUGCGUGCGCUCAUGUAGCCAGUGGGGCGUGUCAAAACCAGGCAUGCGGUGUUAACGCGAGUCAUUCUCCCAGAAUGCCUCUAAACAACUGUUGAGGAGCACGUGGAAACGUGGCGGGGGCCGCUGGACGGGGUUACCGAAAAAGGAGAUACUUGACCCUCACGUGGGAAUUCAUCUUUCACAACUGAAAAAUGAGUAUCACCGCAGCAGGAGGGGAACGGAGAUGUUCGGAGGCGUGAACCCACAGCUCGAACCCUCGCUCUCCUGCAGCUCUGGGCGACUCUGUCUGCUGACCGCGUGGGGAAGCCGCGCUGACGUCCACGGCGCUUCUGAGAAGAAGGACCCCGGCAUCACGUCGGCGCAGGAAGAAGGGGUCCUGGACCGUGGUCUCCACCGCGGGGCCUCUCCCAGCAGCAGGACGUGGGGUCUGUCGUCCAGCCGGAGCUAUGUCUCCCCGGGGGACCUCGCGGAAGACUGCCAGGGGGUGGGACUGAAUCAGGGCCACGCCCCCUUCCACCCUCAGGUCCGCUCCGCGUCCUGCGGCCCCUUCGACUAUGCCAUGUGCCGCUAUGUCUUAGAGGGGCCCCCCCCCAGCUUCAGCGCACCCUCGCACUGCCGCCAGGACUCUCCCGGGGAGUCGAUGCUGAUUGAGAGGCAGCUGAGCAGCGAGAGCAUCUGCAGCGAAGCGAGAGUGGACAUGGAUGGGGGUCCGUGGGGGGGCUACGGGGGGCGACCCGAGGGCAGGGAGGAGCCCUUCCCCCCGGCCUCCACCAGCGCCUUCAAACAGGACGCCCCCUACGGGCCGGGAGAGCGCCUGGUGGACUUCGCCAACACCCCGUGCGGCUCUCCGGGCUCCGAGCACACCGCCAGGUGGACGCACCUCACCGAGUUCGAACUCAAGGGGCUCAAGGCCCUGGUGGAGAAGCUGGAGUCGUACCCGGACGGCGGGAGGCGCGCAUCGAUGGCCCCGGAGGAUCCCCAGGCUCUGCUGGAGGACAUGACGGCGGUCCUGAAGGAGCGCGCGGACGAAGACCCCCAGAUGGCUCUGACCGGCGUCCCUGUCGCAGGGUGGCCCACAGCGGCGGUCAAGCAGCAGCGGCCGCCAAAUCGGCCAAAGCCUCCCAAAGUGGGCGUGCCUGGCGCCGUCAAGCUGGCGGCCAGUCGAGGGCCGUCGGGGGCGCGCCGCCGGAGGACUCGAUGCCGCCGCUGUGAGGCCUGCCUGAGGACCGAGUGUGGAGAAUGCCACUUCUGCAAGGACAUGAAGAAGUUUGGUGGGCCGGGACGCAUGAAGCAGUCCUGCAUCAUGAGGCAGUGCAUAGCGCCCGUCCUGCCACACACCGCCGUGUGCUUGGUCUGCGGGGAGGCUGGCAAGGAGGAUACCCUGGAGGAGGAGGAGCAGAAGUUCAACGUGAUGCUGAUGGAAUGCUCCAUUUGCAAUGAGAUCGUGCACCCUGCCUGCCUGAAGGUCAAAGACGUGGGCGGCGUGGUGAAUGACGAGCUUCCGAACUGCUGGGAGUGCCCCAAGUGCAACUAUGCGGGGAAGACUGGGAAAGCCUACAAGCAAAAAAGAGGACCAGGGUUCAAGUAUGCGUCCAGCCUCCCGGGCUCGCUGCUGAAGGAGCAGCGGAUGAACCGUGACGUUAAGGAGGACUUGGACCCGGUCGGCAGUGCCGUCAAGAAGAAGGCUGAGGAGCCGAGCCCCAAGAAGCGCCCCCCUGUGGUUCCCUCGGGUGACCCGGCUCCGCCAGGGUCCGAGGACAACCCACUCCGCAAGAAGAGGAAGCUGUUCGACAAUGAAUCCGACCCUAAUGCCAGGAAGAAGAGGAAGUCCUCGCUGUCAGAUGACCCAGUGUCACCCACACUGCUGUCCCAAAUAAAGAGCGAGCAGGACGAGUGCGAGGAACCGGAGGAGGAAGCAGAGUCUGAACGGGAACAGGAGCCAGCAGCGGAAGGACACAGGGAUGAAAAAGUAGCAGGCGAGGUCGGGGAGGCGAUCUGGGACCGAGAGGAGGAGGACGCUGGAGCAGAGUCGCAAACACCCCAGCUGCGGACACCUGUGCGCGAGAGUGACCAAUCUCGGUCCAGCUCCCCGCGGGCUGGGCCCAGCGGAGAGGUCCCUGGUGACCCUCUGGAUAAGGCUCGAACCCGGGCGCGACGCCGGCGCAGUCUCCCCAGCAAGGAGCUGAGCAAGGAGCUGAGCAAGGAACUGAACCAGGAGAUCCAGAAGACGGAGGACUGUCUGGCCAAUGAGAACCGCCGGCCGCUCAAGGCGGAGCCCGAGAGCGAGAACGAGGAGCCCAAGCGGUCGCUCAACAACGGCAACGACUUGGCGGCAGAGUGGCUCCGGCCCCGGGGCCGCGAAACCAACGGCGCCCCCCGAGAGCAGCGCCGCCCUGUCCCGCAACCGCUCCCUCUGCUGGGUGUCACCCGGCGCUCACAGGGGGGUCGCUCCCCCCCGAGGGGCGUGCAGAUGGAGCGCCACGUGAUCCGGCCGCCGCCCAUCAGCCCCCCGCCGGAUUGCCUGCCGCUGGUCGAUGGCCAGGCCCACAUGGCGCGGCGAGAGGUGUGGAUGGCCAUCUUCAGCUACCUGAGCCACAAGGAGCUAUGUGUCUGCAUGCGUGUCUGCAAGACCUGGAACCGGUGGUGCUGCGACAAGCGGCUGUGGACCAGGAUAGACCUGAACCGCAGCAAGUCCAUCACGCCUCUCAUGCUGAGCGGCAUCAUUCGGCGACAACCCGUCUCGUUGGACUUGAGCUGGACCAACAUCUCCAAGAAGCAGCUGAGCUGGCUCAUCAACCGGCUGCCCGGCCUGCGUGUGCUGCUCCUGGCUGGCUGUUCCUGGGUGGCCGUCUCGGCCCUCUGCACCUCCAGCUGCCCCCUGCUGCGCACCCUGGACGUCCAGUGGGUGGAGGGCCUGAAGGACGCCCAGAUGAGGGACCUGCUCUCACCCCCGACCGACAACAGACCAGGUCAGCUGGACAGCCGGAGCAAGCUGCGCAACGUGGUGGACCUGCGGCUGGCGGGACUGGACAUCACUGACGUCUCCCUGCGCCUCAUCAUCCGCCACAUGCCCCUGCUGUCCCGGCUCGACCUCAGCUACUGCAACCACAUCACGGACCAGUCGGUGAACCUGCUGACGGCGGCCGGCACGACGACGCGCGAUUCCCUCACCGAGAUCAACCUGUCAGUCUGCAACAGGGUCACAGACCAGUCGCUAACCUACUUCAAGCGCUGCGGGAACAUCUGUCGCAUCGACCUGCGCUUCUGCAAGCAGGUGACGAAGACGGGCUGCGAGCGCUUUGUGGCCGAGAUGUCCGUGAGCGUGCAGUUUGGACUCACCGAGGAGAAACUGCUGCAGAAGCUCAGCUAGCCCCACGCCAGGACAGGCUUGUGUCCUGCGAAUGGUCCUGCCGGUGAGCGCGAGCCAUUGCGCUGCGCCUCCGAACCGCCGUCUCAGCAGGGGAAACCAGCAGCGAUGACGGAAAGCAGAACCCCGUCUGAAAAUGUGAAGGUGGGCGCUGAUGGGCGACGUGGGGAAGCGCUCACGACUGAAAAUGGCCGUGCUGCCCUUCUGGGACCCAAGCGGAGGGUCGCGAACACGUGCACUGGGAGUGCAAGCCAACGGGUGCCCGAAAGAUGACGUUCAACAUGUUUGGUGUCUGGGUAUCUGGAAAAUGUGUUUAAAAAAAAAAAAAAAAGAAAAGAAAAAAAAGCAUGUUUUGCCAUUUUGUACUGUUGAAAUUAUAUUGACCUUUUAAAUUGUCAAGCUGUAAAAAUUCAUAUUGUGUUUAAUGAAACAAGGACCAUGACUGAUGUAGGGUUUUAUGGUUGUUUUUUUUUUUAUUGUAUUUGUUACAAUGCAAACCUCAUACAUCACGCAGAAAUAUUUUUGUAUGGAAUAUUUUUGUGUUCUGAGCUCUAUAUAUGCAGUAUUGGAGGCCCCCCCCGGUGUUCCGUUUCCCACCUGUGUCGAUGUUCGCCUUCAGCUGACGUGAAGAACCUCUGCUGUAGAGUCCUGCCUAUGAUCGCUUGUCCACGUGAAGGUGUUCAUGUUAAUUUAUGCUGUGGUGUUGUAUCUGACGUGGACAUUCCCAGCAUAUCGGUACACAGGUUCUCUCUCCCUUUCUUAGCACUCGAUAUUCGGUCCAUUUCAAUGUCUUUAUACCUGGGAACUCUAGGAAAGGAAAAGGAAAAAAGGAAAAAAAAAAAAAAAAAAAAAAACUAUUUGCACUGUUUGAUUAGAAUAAACAUAGCUAUUUUUUUCCAAGGUUUAUCAGCUAUUUAUAUGAAGAGGUUGUGAGUGGCUGUUUCAUUGGAGGUUCCACAUUUCGUGACGUUACACGUAUUUUGGUAACAGUGUGCAACUGCAAGUGCUCUGUCCAGAGCCGGUGCACCGUAUGGUCGUGGUGUUUAGUUUCGCAGUACAGGCUUCCCUUUUACAGCAAACGCUCCUUUGCAAGAAUUCAGGCUUACAAACAAAUUUACUCUGUAACCUAAAAUUUGCAUGAUUUGUCAACUCACACGAGGAACAUGUAAUAGGAACAGACAUUUAAGUUCAAAAUCCAAGCCUUGGUGAUGCAGAGUACCACCCAAGAAAGUGACCUCCCACACAUGUGGUGCUGCUCUUCCUGCCCAUCUCAUAGCCACGCAGCCACUUGCAUCUCUCAAAUUCUGUAAUAUACAUCCACAAAUUUUAAAUAGGUUAAAGAUCAUGGUAGAUACAAGCAAGAGGUACCUUAUCUAUAACAUCUAUUUGGAGAAACAGUAAUCCCACAAACUUGGUUCUGCACACAUGCAGGAAGUCUGGCACCAUUUCCCCCCUGCGAAAAGCGGUUCCAACAUCGACUUCCUGCCCAGGUCGACACCUCACAGCUGGGGUGUGUGUGUGUGUGUGUGUGUGUGUGUGUGUGUGUGUGUGUGUGUGUAGCCGUUGUGAGAUGUACGUGUGACACUCUAAAGUCAGAGUGAAGUCAGGAUUCAAAAGCAAAGCACAGCAACAGAACAGGCGACAAUGUUUCACUGUCAAGGCAAGAGCUACUCAACAGAACACACUUGGAAAUGGACGCGCGCAGUGAUGAGGGUGAGGACUGCUUCAGGUAGAAAAUGGGGAGACAAAUUCAGCCCCCUGAUGAAACUGCUUCAUUAACUGUGCUUUGUGGCUCCACAUUAUGGCAUUUCACUGAGCCUUAACACCAAACAAAAAAAGAAAUAAAAAAAACAUGGAAAGCAGAAGUCUGUUCCUAGAGGUGUGGUCUUACAGAGCCAAGCCAACAUGGGUCAUUCAUGACGUAAACAUAGAAAA